CUAGAUACUCCGUCUAUUAUCCCAGGUAGGAGGCAAAUAAUGGCUCUGGGUUAUCCGGAUGAUACUUUUCGAAAUAUUCGCCCAGUGUUUGUUUGUCUGGUUCCGCGGACAGGUCGGAUCCGUGGUAUGUGGCAAAUUAGCCACACCCACAUCCACAUAUUCCGGUGUACUUUGUAGACUAUAUGUUGUGCUGUACAGAGAGAGUGUGUAGUGCCAAUGGAUACAAGAUAAAUUAUCCGUCAAUCAUUUUGAUCAGAAUCUUGGAUACGGAGUAAUCUAUGGAGUAAAUGGAGCGUGAUCUAGAAGUGUGUGGAAAGGGACAAACAUGACUCCCUCGGUAAAACACUAAACAAUAAACAGGUUACUAGUUUUGGGUCCACCCCGAGAAUGCCGCUGAGUAAUGCCCUCCCUAUGUUACUUAAACUUAUACGCAAGUAAAAAUCUCCUCAAAGCCUCGCCCUUGAGUAACUAGCCCUGAACAGUCCUACGACCGGCGUCCAUCCGUGUCGACUUGCGUAUGCAAAAUCACCGCCAAGCAGACUAUUUAACAACCAUACGUAGGCUUCCUGUUCCUGGACGAGAGAUGUCCGUCUGUCAACUCCGACGGAAGCGCAUCCAUGGGCCAAGCCACGGCAAGAAAUAAGGUAAAUCAAACGAACCGUGGAAGUCGUCAGCUACGAUGGGAUGAUGCCAAAGAAACUGAAUCGAGGGGAAAGAGGCUGGAUGGGACUAUUAUUAACUUUUUUUCUUCUUUUGUGGUUGGGUUUUUUGUGGUGGUGGCCGAAGGCAUACGUAAGUAAUGCCCCACUCCGAGGAUGAGGCGCCAGCCAGUGGCGUCUAUUGCUGCUAAACUGGUGGUUUUGCUUAGGAGAAAUGGCUGUUUUACGGAGUAGGGUGGAACUAAUUUCUGAUAAUCGGGUUUUCCUUCAUCCUCUCGAUCGACAGUCUCUCGGUCGGACCACCCAGUAGUCUAGUACUGAGAUAACACACGUGGAGGGGAGGGAUCGAUCAAUAUUCUGGACAGAG